GUAACAGGACUGAAUGCAUAUAAUACUUGACAAUCGCUAAAGCACAGCAUAUACGGACUCCAAUAUUUCAAUUUUUAUUUUUUUUUACUUCAGAAAAGAAAAAUUAAUGUGACGAUCAAUGCAUCGGAAGAUUACAGAGAGAACCGAAUCUGUCUGAGUAGCUGGCUGUCGCCUGGAGGACUAUCACAGUGGUACAUAACGUUAUCUGGUCACUCUGUGUCCGGGGGUCAUCCAUACACAGUUCCAUCUAAUUCAAUCGACAAGUGAUUCAGUAGAGGACAGAGUUUGAAUGAGAGGGAUUUCGGUGUCUAUUUAUCUCAGUCUCAGUUCCAUCUAAACAUUUCCGCUGGAUUCUCUUAUAUCCCCCACCAUGCUGUAUCUGACACAGCCUACUGUGAACCCGGGUCUUGGCAGCACGGGGGUCAGCCCUGUGGUAAGCCCAGGGGUUAGUCCUGUGAGCACUAUUGCACCAAUGACUCUCAACCCGUGUACUACCUCGCUGGCCCUAGCCCCUGCAGGAGGAACCUCGACUGUCACUCUCCCCACCAUGCCCCAGGGAGCAACGAUGGCUCCUGGGUCAAUUAUGCACCUCAUAAAUUAUGGAGACAAGGAUUUAGGUCUCCUCCUUUCACAGAGGAUGGAAUUGGUAUGGCACGGGGAAUUCGACAGACUUUUCGGACAGUAUUACCCUCAUGUCUGGCAACUUGUACCCACAUUUUGUCCACCAAACGACCGAUGGAGAACCUUUAAAGACAGUGCCAAAGUCCGAUUCUCGUGUCAGGAAUGUGGUCAUGGGUGGACGUCAAUGAAAGGACGUGUCAUCUUUUGGUUCCAGUUGAACUAUGCCAACAACAUGGGCUAUGUUAUGUUUAAGUUGUAUGGACAACAGUGUCAGAGAUGUAAAAAUGGCAAAUAUGAGCACGCCAUGUGGUACCCAGAAGAGGUUAUUAAGGUUCUUGGAAACGUGUACAACAGAGUAGGGCAGAUUUAUUAUGGAUUUGUGCGGCCACCACUUCGUAUUGAUCGCCGUGCCGGAAAACCACGAAAUCAACACAACUCCGAACUAUGCCAAGCUUGUAAAGAGGGCCUAUGUCGAGAAGAAUGGACAUUCUCGUGACCUGUAUUAACCAAUUAGUAUGACGCUUAUUUUCAACACAAUGUCCCUGCCUUGGCAGGACAACUAGGAACGAAUUAUUUGUGAAUUCGUUAGCUAAUAUAUUUUCCAUUAUGAAUAAUUGUUUUCUGUGUUGAAAUCUCAACAUGUUUGGCGCCAUAGGCGAUGUGAAUCCAUGCAUUGUGUUUGUUAUUGCAAUCAUUUUACUUUUUAUGUAUAGUAAAUAUGUAAGAAUAAUUUUUUGAAACAUGAUCUAUAUAUAUUGUCUCAAUGUAUUGAUGAAACAUCAGACCAAUAGAAAAUAUAGCACAUUUUGGCGUGUAUUGACCAAAAACUGUCAAUUUAUUGUUUCCAUUUGUUUAUUAAAUUAAGGCCUGUUCUUAUAUUUGAAUAUUUUUAGAAAUAUAGAAUUUAAAUUUAUUUGUCACAAUGAUUUGCAAAUAAAUGCAAAGAUCCUGUUCUUGAAAGUGCUAUUAUUGAUGUGAAAUAUCAUUAAAAUCAUGUAGUUAUUUGACGAAUGAGCUGAUUUGCUAUAUUUAUGUGUUCCUGAUAUAUAUAUUUUUUCAAUAUACAUUUAUAAAUCUGAGUAUAUGUGACUUUUUAUCUUUUUAACUAAAUGUCUUUUUCAAAUUUGUUUCUGCAUAGCAGCUUUCUGUUUGUCUUUCUUUUCGUCUUGGUGAAAGUUUUUUCUUUAUUUUUCAAUCUUGAUUGAAACGCAAUUAUCACUCGAUAAAAAAUGAUAAAUUAAAUUGCUUUCCGUAGAUAAAUAGUCUUAUCAUUUUCAUUUUAGGUAAUAGGUUUCCUCAUUUUCACGAUAAUUUUACUGGUUUUAUCAUGCUCACAUUCAUUCUGCACAUAUCAUGUUUUCUUUGUCUCAGUGCAUUUUUUGUACUUUGCAUAACCAUUUGUAAUUAAGGGCCAAAUUAUAAAAGUCGACGUCCCAUCGGAGAUAGUGCUUUCUCCUAACUUACCACGUGAUAUGACCAUAACGUGAUGAUGCCUUAGUAGUAUUUAUUCAUUCGUCUUCCACAAUUUCUGUCAAAUCUGUCAUAAUAUACACUGUAUUUUUAUUUAAAAUAUUUUGAAUAAAAUUUUAAACUUUU